UGGAUGGAACACUUUGAAGAGUUGGCAUUACGUUCCGGACCGUCUGUAAUUAAAAUGUGGAAGAGAUAUGUAGAUGACGUGUUCUGCAUUUUAAAGGGCAACGCCGACACAGUGGAGCAUUUCGUCGGCCAUUUAAACUCCAUCCACCCAAAGGUAAAGUUUACAUUUGAAAUGGAGUGCGAUAGAUCCUUACCCUUUCUGGAUGUGAAGUUGAGAGUGAAACCAGAUGGAACCCUGGCACACUCCGUGUACAGGAAGCCCACACAUACUGACAGGUACCUACAAGCAUCUUCCCACCAUCAUCCGAGGCAUCUACAAUCCGUCGUCACAUCCCUGGUUAACAGAGCACGAGACUUAUGUGACGCGGAACACAUAGAUAAUGAGUUAGCCCAUGUUCAGGAAGUGCUAAAGAAAAAUGGGUACUUGCAGAAAAUCCCACGCACGACUAGGAAAAAAGAAAGACAUCCGGAGGUUAGUAGGCAACCAGCCUUUUUGCCGUAUGUGAAAGGGAUAACGGACAAAGUUGGAUCAGUACUGAAGAAAUUCUCCAUUAAGACUGUAUACACGCCGUUAUCUAAAGUAGCAAGUCUUUUACGCAGCCCAAAGGAUGUCAUUCCGUACCAGAAUCCGGGUGUCUACAAGAUAGAAUGCAGUUGUGGAAGUGCGUACAUUGGCCAAACAAAGCGCAGUAUUCAAGAGAGGGUAAAGGAACACAUAGCAGCUGUUAAAAAUCGCCAUGUAAACAAAUCCGCAAUAGCUGAGCACUUGCUGACAACAGGAACGAAUCACUGGAUUGAGCUACAUAAACCCAAAGUCCUCUCCAACGAGCGACACUAUUAUCCGCGGAUCGUGAGAGAGGCGAUUGAAAUCAAAAAACACCCUAAAAAUUUCAAUCGAGAGGACGGUUACAAAUUAUCGUCUACUUGGGGACCAGUGAUUCAAAUGUUGAAACCAGCAGAUAUAUCUUCGGACCAGUGUACGGAUACUGUGAGUGUUGUGUGUCGUGCCGUGGACAAUAAACAUUAAACUUUGACGGGUAGCUGCAAUUUCUUUGUCUACCCCGAACAUUUUUAUAAACUAAUUUCGGGUAGUUUAGUGUUGUUUUAUUAAUAUCUCCGUUGACAUUUGACAGUGCCAUGGUAUAAUAAUAUACUCCGCCUGGUACUCUAUUCCGAGAUUCGCGUAUGACCUAACUGACACGGGCCUACGUCAUCAUGCUGUUUACAGGUUCUCAAACUUUAAAAUGUGGGAGAAUUUUAACCAACGGUGAAAAUUAUUUUAACGGCAUUAAUUUUAAGUUAUUCAUGUAGAAACAUAGUAAAAUAAAACAAAUCUAAUGUAUUAAAUUAAACUUUAUUUAUCUAUACAAGACAAACGUUUAAAAAACUAAUUCACAGUUACACAUUAAUUACCAAGCUUACGACGUGAAAAGUUUGGAAAACACUGCGACUGCUGACACUGAGCGAGAAGGAAAUAACAAUUAACACGCGUUCGACAAGGAUGACGGUCAGGGCAUGAAGUUAUCUAGAUCCGAAUUGUCAAAUGUGACAGCGCUAUCCUGUGUUGCCAGUAAUGUAAACAGAAUUACCCGAACGUCUGAAAUUUCUUUCGUGAAUCGGAAGAUAUUGCUAACGAAUAAUUAAAAAUGACGUGUUAUUGUAAAAUUUAAGAUAAAAUACAUUAUAAAUGAAAAUUAUAAAAUUAUAAAUAAAUAUUUUAACUUAUUAACCAUAGCUAUAAUAUACCCAUGUAACAUGUUAUGUUGAAAUAAAGUGGCAAUGUUAUUGUGACGUAGGCCCGUGUCACUCUGGGAAUAGAAGACCAUGUUUUAUUAGACCAUGGACAGUGCUAUCGUUGUGACGGACGGCAUCCGGAGCAGCAGUGUUCAUUUAAAAAUAGUGAGUGCUAUGUGUGCGGUGAUGUAGGCCAUAUCGCCAAAAUGUGUCGUUUUAGAAAAGAUCCCAAGAGAGUACAUCGCGUCAUCACUGAGGAAAUCGAUGGACUGCAAUCUGACGGGUCUGACUCCGAGGACGGGCCCCUACAAGUCUAUCAGCUGAGCGACGCCGAUGCGGAACCAGAU